AGUCAUUUCCCCAUUAUGGGUACCGUGAAGGUUAUCACCAUAUCAAUCUCUGGGCUUUAAACUGCGGAUAAGAUAUUACGGACUCCUUUGAGAAAUGUUAGUUUAUAAAAGGAUAUGUUUGGAAUCUCGAAAAAAAAGAAGGCAGAUCAUUCGGGCUCACUCUCAUUAAAAUCCCAAACUAAAGCUCCCUUAACUAAACGAAAUAAAAUUCAAAAUGAGAUUCGGAUUAUUGCUGGCUUCCCUUCUUGGGUUCGAGGGAGGUCCUCUUGGGAUGGACAAAGCCCUCACAACACCUGAUGUUCCAGCUAAAUUCCUCGAGAAUGUUGCCUUCGUCGGCCAUUUUCCCUUAAUGGCUUCGCAAACCGAUCCACGAAUCUCUUACGCUCUCUAUGUGCCGAAGUCACACUAUAACCCGGACCCAUCUACCAAUUCAACCCUCGGAAAACUUCCCCUACUUGUAUAUGUCCAUGCAACUGGCCGAAGUAUUGUCGCCAUUUACGACGAACUCGUACCUUUCGCCGACUCAACUCCCUGUGCUAUACUCGCCCCCUUAUUUCCCGCCGGCAUUGAUGGUCCUAACGAUGUCGACUCAUAUAAGUCAUUAAGUUCCUCAUCGCUCCGCUCAGACCUAGGGCUAUUGUCAGUCAUAGAUCAAGUCGCGUACCGAUGGCCAGGCCUUGAAACCGAUAAGGUGUUCCUGAUGGGAUUUUCAGGAGGCGGUCAAUUUGCCCAACGCUUCCUGUAUCUUUACCCCGAACGCCUUUCCGCCAUCAGCGUGGGAGCACCUGGGAUUCCCACCUUCUUGGACGAGAGCAAGGAUUGGCCCGAAGGUAUCGCUGAUGUUAAAGAUGUGUUCAAUAAGACGGUCGAUACAAACCUCAUUGGCGGCUUACCUAUCCAGAUCAUCGUCGGUAACAAGGAUACCGAGCUUGAUGGCGACGAAGAGUUUCAGGAGUGGAAGAAAGAAAAAUUAGGUGGUGAUGGGUUACCAGCUAUGAAUGAGACUCGACUUGAGUCGGCGCAGAAGCUUCAUGACUCUUUGACACAAGCGGGUAUUCAAUCCCAGUUGGAUAUCGUCGAUGGCGUCGGUCAUAAUGAGAAGGGCGUUCGAGAGACCGUCUUAAAUUUCUUGAAGCCUUGGAUUCAGAAAGCCAACUAGGGCAUGGCGGAAGGGAGACACUCGUCCAAAUAUUAGGACGGUGUAGCUCAGGGGGUGAACGGAAGUCACUCAUUAGAACUCUUAUUCCAACUCGGCACGUUUAUUACUUUAUACAUAGUUAAUUAUAUCAUGGGUGUUACUCACAGCAUGUGAUGCUCUCUUUUCCAUUGUCGCAUAUUGGGAUAUCAUGAAAUCUCAAUUUCUCGAUGUCUUUUCCUGGCCAAAGAAAAUAAUCGUAUUUAAUUUACUCCCAUAUUAAGACUAUACACUUGAAGUAUGCUAAAAUUCAACUCCGAUUUUAGAAAAGGGGUAAGAAGUUAGUAUCUUGCGAGAAUUUUGUCGGUCUCGUACUCAAAGAGCCAAGUGCGUUGGUGAGCCCCGGAAACACACGUUUCCACCACGCGGCUCUGCAUGUCUUCCUUAUUCACCGAAGAAGGAUCAACCGGUGUGUCACAUCCUUCCGGCCGAUCAAUGAAAUCUAUGGAUUCGGAGAAUAUGUCGAUGUUAUGACGUACGAGUUGUUAGUCGUAUAACGAUACACCACACUAGGGGGAUGAAACACCUCAGCUACCUACCAAAAAGGGGAUACAUGUCCAUGGAACGUACCAUAUCCUCCGUGCUGCCCCUUCGCUAGUUCUGUUGAUACCUUACCUAAGGCACCCACCUUGAUGGUUUCACCAAUCUCUACACUCCGCCUU